AAUAAAAGUGCGUUCUUUAAAUUGUUCUGUUCAAUUUCGAAUUUGGCGCUUGUUUCCUUUCUUUUCUUAUUUUAUUUUAUUUCGUUAAGUAUAUUUUAUUUUACGAUAAUGAGUUGGAGUAAGGAUUUAUUAUAUGCGCACGAACGGCAAAGGAGGGCUGAAGCAUUGCUCAGAGAAGGACGUUUCGAAGAAGCAGCGGAGUGCCACGAAGCUGUUGUUCAGCUUUUAUCAGAGGCGUUCACGCAACUUCAGUCGAACUUUACAGAAUCAAGCUUCACGGAUUCUCAACCUUCCAUUUUAAUUGGCCAAAGUUCUAUGCCUUUUGUUAGAUCCAUACACACGGCAAUUACUUUGGAAUCUCUCGCACUUCAACGAGAUUAUCACAAAAGACAAGCUGCUGUUGUUAGGAUGAAGCAGGCUCAAUAUGAGGAGUAUAAAGUCAAUUUAGAAACUCAAAAGAGAGAUCUCAUUUCAAAACAAAUAUUCAAGCAAAGCGAAAAAGGAAAUUCUACAGAAUCUGCAUCCGAUAGAAACAACAGUUCUUUGCGUCAAGCUAUAUAUAGAACUAUCGAAGAACAGGAUAGUUUGUUAAGCUUGAUUUUAUUACCAGACACAGAAAGCAGUGCGUUCAAACAUCCAAAAGAUACUGGCACGGUUAUAGAAGAAUUGAAAACUGUUAAUUGUCAGUUGCGCUGCCUCGUUGGAAGUUUGCUGAGUCAACUAGAAGCUAAAGAAGAAGAAGUGAAACAAUUGACAGAACGUUUGCACGCUAUAUCUGUAAGUCCUGACGAUGAAAUUAGGCCAGAUGACACACAUUCGCUAUGUUUAGCACCCUUGCCACCUUUAACACCACUCGAAAUGCCAUUGUUCGAUUUUACAUCGUCUUAAUUAAGUUUCUACCUCAUUAA